AUGAGUAGUUUCUUGCCUGGUCGGCUUCCAAGCCUUGCCGAAUUUGAUGCAGGCGUCCAAUUGCUCACAAAGCGGAAAAAGCCUCUACGCCGCGGUCGUUCCCUAGCGCAUGGGAAAAGGUACACAGUCGAGCAGUCCGACUUCAUUAUCUAUGCCCGUCACGAGAUGAAGUGGUCUUGGAACAAAGUCAGAGACGCCUUUGCGAUGACCUUCCGGCAGGAACGAACUGUUCCUUGCCUGCAAGGGUGCUACUACCGGGCUAACAUGCAUAUCCCUAUGUGGGACGCCGAGGGUUUCCUUCUCUUCGGCGAGAGAGACGCCACGGAACCUUUGCAAUUCAAUCUCAAAGGCGCGCAAGCGCCGCCGGAUGAAGACGUCGGUCUCGCACGUCGGCAUCCGGAGGGGGCUGCCUUGUACAGCUGGGUUCAUCCUUCGGUGCAAAGCCAGGCGCGCGCUUGGGCGUUGAAACGACAAGAACAGAUACGGGAACGCGGACAAAGACGGGAGGAUGCCUUGAAAUCUAGUGGAGCUGCGAAGCCUAAAUACCCAGACACCCUUCCGUGCCUAUGGCAUUGCCUGCACUGGUACCCCUCUGAGUAUUGGCCAGCAGUCAUUCCCAUGCCGUCCAUCAGCCACAAGGCAACCUCAGGCUCCGAGAACUCAGAGAGCAGCUGGGAUGUGUAUCUUAUAUUGGACUCGGAUCUGAGUUAUCUCAACGACCAUGGAAAGCUUCGAGGCCAACUUUUCCCCAGCAAUGUCAAGAUCAGUAUCGUCCCGGUAGUCUUCACAGAGACGCAAAGAGCGCACGAACUAGAAAGAAAGAUUUAUCUUCGAGCAGCGACUCAAGUUGAAAGGUUCUUCGUCGGCUCGCUCCUUGACACGCAUCACUGCUUACAGGGCACACAAGGACAAAGGACAUGGCGUCUGGCUGGGCAGGCGUAUGCGCACUCUUUACCAUGCUCCACAGGUUCAAGUUGA